CACCUCCCUCAUUGGUGUCAAAACAUUUGAAAGAAACCGGGAAAACUGUGAUUGUUCGCGGUCAAGGCGGCAUUAAUGGAACACAUUCUGGUGCAGCUGUUUGCAUAUUCGAAGACUAUACUUAUACACCACUCAGUGGUAAAAAUGCGAAUAUCACACUCAAAAAACCUCAAGGACUUUGUCGCUUUAUACAAGUCAAUAAGGAUUAUUGUCUUAUUGAUGUUACAGUGCAAGGAAUUUCUCCGGGACGCCAUGGGAUUCACAUCCAUGAGUUGGGUGACAUUUCGGCCGGUCCUUCAAGCACAGGGGAACAUUACAAUCCGGAUAAUGUUGAACACGGGGAUAUCGAAAGCGGUCACGUAGGAGAUUUGGGAAACAUUCAUGUUGAUGAGAAAGGAUGGGGAGAUCUUAUCGUGGAAAGUCGUCGAAUUAAAGUUUGGGAUAUUAUCGGGAGGUCAAUGGUAAUUACACAUGGAGAAGAUGAUGAAGGUAAGGGUGGUAAUGCGCAAAGCAAAAUUGAUGGGAAUUCUGGUCCAGGUUUAAUUGCAGGGAUUAUUGCGCGUAGUGCUGGUGCAUUUGAAAAUAAGAAAAAG